AUGAAAAACAUAAAUCAAGGUGAACAAGGGCAACAAGGAACUGAUCAUAGACAAGUCAGGCCAAGGGAACAAGAGGAACAACAACACCAAAACACCAAAGAAAGGAGCAACCAGCAGCCACCUGAACAACAAAAGGAAGCAGAAUGGCAGGUGUCAAAAAGAAGAAACAAUAAACCACAGGAGGAGAUAACACAGAAGGCAGUGUGGCGACCAACUUCACCACAGAACAAAGUGUCAAAAGAACACCCACAACCCACAGUUCAGCAAACAGGUAUAAAUAACAGCUCUAAUCAUAAUUCUUUUACUAACCUUAACAUGCAGGGAAAGCAGACUAAAGACAUCCAGGGGCAUAGCAACAAUGAGAGGAAAACACCACAAGGAACAAAAAGCAUGUCUAAAACAAACCACAACCAAAAGUACAGGCCAUGCAAACAGGAAAACAAACAAAUAACAAGAGCACAGGAAGGGGUAUCUAAAGGGGGGAAUUUGACUCAUGUUCUGCAUGAGGGAAUACACACUGAACAUAAUCCUGACUUUAGAGCCUCUGCAACCCCUAUACCUCACCAGGCCAUGACAAAACAACAACAGAAACUGCAGCAAAAACAUACAGAAACUACUCAGAAUACAAGAGAGCAACAGGGUAACACUACUGAAAGAGGGCAGAAGAAUAAUGAACAGGCCAAUGAAAUACCUGAAACUGAAAAGUCCAAGCAAUAG